AAUGACUUUUUCUAAAGGCAAACCAAACAUGAAAUCCCAAGAUUUUGAAUUACUUUAUUUCAUUUAGUCUUCAUGAUGAUCCAUAUCUGACUCACCCUACAAAAAGUCAAGACUUAAGACUUACCUAGUUUCCUUUUAACCAUUAUAUAUAUACCUCUUUAGAACACAAUGAUUCAUCAUCCAAGUUAAGAAGAUUUCUUGAAUACAAUUCAGUUAAGUGCUCAAGACAAUCCACAAGAAGAACAACAAAAAUGAAGUCCUCAUUUCUUCAUGAGCUUGUUAAUGGACUUCCUAUCCAGAAGUCAUCAAGGAGAUACUUGCCUGAUGCUUCUGGAAAAUACAACAAGUCUUUCGCGAAAUCAAAGCAAGGUAAAGUAAAUUCGGUUUUGACUCGGAUGAACAAGUUCAGUUUCGCACAUGGAAUCCGAGAACAUGUGAGAUUAGGACCAAAGAUAACAGAUACAGUUAAAGGGAAAUUAAGCUUAGGGGCCAGAAUUCUCCAAGUUGGUGGAGUAGAAAAAGUUUUCAUGCAACUUUUCAGUGUUAAAGAGGGAGAGAAGCUUUUAAAAGCAUCACAAUGCUACUUAUCAACCACAUCAGGUCCUAUAGCUGGUCUCCUAUUCAUUUCCACUGAGAAAGUUGCUUUCUGCAGUGAGAGAUCAAUCAAGAUCACUUCACCAAAUGGAGAAGUGAAAAGAAUCCAUUAUAAGGUGUUGAUUCCAGUUGUAAAGAUAAAGUGUGUGAAUGAAAGUCAGAAUGUGGAGAAGCCUUCACAGAAGUACAUAGAAAUAGUUACUGAGGAUAAUUUUGAUUUCUGGUUUAUGGGGUUCUUGACUUAUCAAAAAGCAUUCAGAUGUCUUCAGCAGGCUGUGUCUCAAGCUCAGAGGACAGAAUUGUUGAACUGAACUUGUUCAUCCCUCUCUCUAUGUAUCAGAAAAGAAAAGAAGAAUUGUUCAUCCCCUUUGCUUCAUCUCUUUAUUUUGUGGAGCUGCAAGGCUCCUAAAUAUGUACAAAUAUCACAUGAUUUUGUUAAUUAAAAGAAAAAGGAAAUCCCUCUAUUUCUUACA